UAGCGGCAGAGAUUAGAUCGAAACAGAUGAGUAAAAUGUUCGAAUAAGUGCGACUCGCAGUGGAUUAACAACUACAGAUUAUGGAUACUUACCAGUGACUGCAACAUAAGUAAUUGAAUGUAGUGAGAUCAGAACGUUCAAAAUGUCUUCUUACUGUGGAUUCGAUGAAACAUCUUUCGACGAUUUUGCGGACUAUACAUCUGAAGAUAGUGGUUUCGAGAAAAGUUUGGAGUCGAAUGGUGACGUGUCGUUCAGUUAUGCCUCGCGAAAACUGGAUUUCGAGGCCACGCCUCCAUGUGUUCUUCCGCAAAUUCCGCGAAAACGUGGACGAAAAUCAUUAAAAGAGAAAAGCUUGGAGCAGAUGUCAGCAGAGUUUAGUCCCAGUUUAGGUGUUCAAACCUCUACACCAACCAAACCAUCAAACGCCGCCAAUGGAGAACAAAAGCCUAAACGGAAAUAUGCCAUGGGAAAAAGCCGAAUCACCAGAAACCGUAGUCCCACGCAAGUUGUCAAGAUCAAGCGUUUCCGUCGGUUGAAAGCAAAUGAUCGGGAGCGAAACCGGAUGCACACCCUCAACGAAGCUCUCGAAAGGCUUAGGCUCACUCUUCCGACCUUUCCGGAAGAUACCAAGCUGACCAAAAUAGAAACACUGCGAUUCGCAUAUAAUUACAUUUUUUCGCUAGUUCAUGUACUUGAACUGGAUGACGACGUUCAUCUGGAUUUAGAAAAACUCCAGAGCCUAACUUUAAGUGGCGAAAGGAUUAACAAGGAACUUUUCGACGCCAUGUUCAUCAAUCCACCACCACAUUUCAUGGAAUCUGGAUUUGGCUGCAGUGAUUUUUACAACAGCAUGCACCAGUACGGUAUAACAAUGAGCAAUCCUCAGCACUACGAUCAUGCAAGUUUUUCAAAGCAAAACUAUCAAAUGUUCCGAGGUGCCUUCGAUGCAGCCUACAAUAGUCAUAAGCAACCUUACCUCAGUCAAACAUAUCCUCCAGCAACGGCGGGUUAUCACCAACAACAAUCCGCGCUUAAUUCAGGAUACUACCAGCAACCUUCAGUCAACCCGUCGGAGGUUUGUAGUUCCCCAUAUCAAAUGGCAGCGCAAUCGACGCAGCAAAUGCCCCAACAGCAAGGAAUGCACUACGGCAGCAGUUUCUACAGCCAAACCCCGCCGUGGACCGAAACAUCCGUUUACAAUGAACCAACGGGAUUUCAAGCAGACGCAUGUAAGAAACAUCCUGCCGAAAACUAUCCUGUUGGCUUGUAGUAUGAACUGUUGAGCUUUUGUAUUCGUUUGUACGUUUAGACACACAGUUAACAAGUUAUAAGUGCAUAAUGUAAACUCUGGUGAUAAAUAAUCAAGUAGGUGAACUAGUGAAUUUAGAGCUUAAGGUCAUAAGAAGUGUAUGAUAAGUAAAUCAUUUUCAACAUGCUUUAUAUUUUCUAUUAUUUUCAAUGGAAAAUGUAAAGUGUCGCGAUUUGGUAUUCACUGUUAUGUAAAUAAGAUCAAUCGCAAAAAACGCAAACAAUAGCAUGUGUUUCUGUCCAAAUUAGGCGUAUAUGCACUAUGACGCAAACACAUACUCUUAAAUGCGUUAAAAGUAUAUUUAUAUUAUUAUUAUCACCAAAUGCUAUGCAAUUUUUUCAAGCACCUCUGAUGUUAACCAGAUCUGCUCGAAAAAAUAAUCAAGUGCCAUAAUAAUUAAUAGGAAUACAAAUCUAACGAUAAAGGUCUGAUGGAAACUACUAGUCACACUAGACAAAUUCUUAAUAAACAGUUUCAUGGUAUUUUCAAAUUGAUAGUUUUCUUGGAAAAAAAUAUUCAGUUUGAUGAUAUUAUGAUGAGACAAUCUUCGAUGCCUUCAAAUUUUUCACAGGAUAACUGCGUGAAUGUAUAUGAGCUAUUUUUCUAUCGAAAGAUUAUAUUUUGUACACUUUUUCAUAAAUAAAUACAACACCAAUUAAAAGCCA